AUGAGCGAUAUCGAACGAGACGAUAUUUCAUUGCAACAUCAAUUUGAAUUUUGUGAAGAUAUCAUCAAAAAAUUGGAGGAUGGGAAACAAAGUACGAAGGAUUUACAGGACCAGUUAAAACAGUGUGAGGAGAAAUUAAAACUUUUGACAAAGGAAGUAUCGGCUCGUUCGUUAUUCAGUAGUAACGAAAGUGUUGACGAAUUGUCGACUAGAUCGUUGAAUUAUUUAUUCUUACCUUAUUAUUUGGCUACCGUAACACAAAAUCUUAUUGUUGAACCGGAAGAGCGGCUUUCAUCUUUGGACCGCGCUAAGAUUUAUUUGCAAGACUUUUUGAAAAGGUUGAGAUCAUACAGUAUUAUUGACUUUGAUUUGUGGGGAUUAAGCGGAGACAAUGGAGAAAAAGAAAAAGGAGAAUCGAAGCAUGAUAUUGAUCUCUCUAAACAAAGGGAAUUAAAAUUGCGGCGAUUCCAACAGGAAAAAGAGUUGGAAGAACUGGUGAAAAGUUUGGAGUCCGAAUUAUAUACAAAUGCAGAUGAUGAUGGAUUAAUGCGCGAAUUGAUUCUAAAUCGUUUGCAUCUUGCUGCAAUGAAAAGUAUAGAUGAAAUGGGACAAAUCGAUCAAGAAAGGCCAAUGGUGGAACACAUGUUGAAAAUCCAAGCAGGACAAGCUGAAAUUUUACCAAAACAGCCAAUGAACCGGUUUACACCAACUCCAUACAUAAUAACUCGGGAUGAAGUGCAAAAGAAAGUUUUUGGUCUGGGAUAUCCAAGUAUACCGACGAUGACCGUAAACGAGUGGUAUGAUGACAUGGUGAAAAAUGGGAGAUUCAAUGCAAGUUCAUCUGAAAACAGCUCUAACUCAAAUGCUGUGGAUGAAGAAACAAGGGAAGAGCAGGAACGAGCUCGUCUCCAAAGAUGGGAUGAAUAUAAAGAUCAUCAUCGUCGUGGUUGGGGAAAUAUGCAUAAUAAGGGCUGA